CCCAGUAUAAAGAAGAACGACUCAAAAGCUCUGGCUAGGAAGAAGGAAGAAGAUUGUGAUACUGGAGUUUCCAACUCAACAAAUAAGCCUUCAAAACAAAAAGGGGCAAAAUCACUAAUAAAAGAAAAUAAAAAAAUUACUAGAAAUAAAGGGAAUUGUAACAAAGAGGAAACUUGCAGUGACUCACUGAAGCCCCCUCGGGAGAUAAAGUUGAAGAGAGAAUCUCCUGUUAAAAAAGAGAUGGAUGAAGACAAUACUGACAACGAUGAUGAUGGUGAAAGUGAAGAUGAAUGGGAGGACGUGGAAGAACUCCAGGAACCUGCCACAGUUAAGUUAGAAGAAGCUGCUGUUCUUCCGGCAGUGGUGCUGCCAAGCAAUCCUGUGGAGAUAGAGAUUGAAACCCCAGAGCAGGUGAAGAAAAGAGAGAGGCGAGAAAAAAGGAAAGCCGAGUUUGAGAUGUAUCUUCGGAGAAUGAUGAAACGUUUCAGCAAGGAGGUUCGUGAGGACACACAUAAGGUUCACCUCUUGUGUUUAUUAGCAAAUGGUUUCUAUAGGAACAGGAUCUGCAGCCAGCCAGACCUUCAUGCCAUUGGUCUAUCCAUCAUCCCCACCCACUUCACAAGAGUGUCUGCAGGCCAAGUGGACCUUCUCUACCUUUCCAACUUGGUGAAAUGGUUUGUUGGAACCUUUACUGUCAAUGAUGAGCUUACCACUGAAAAAGGAGAGCCCCUUCAGUCGACCUUGGAGAGGCGGUUUGCCAUCUAUGCUGCACGAGAUGAUGAAGAGUUGGUUCAUAUAUUUUUAAUUAUUCUGCGAGCAUUGCAGCUGCUGUGUCGCCUUGUGAUGUCUUUUCAGCCUAUUCCUCUCAAGGAGACAAGAGCAAAGGGGAAAAGCUCAUCCAAGAGGCAGUCUCUCAGCGGUACCUCUGAGGGGCGGGAGAGCUCUGCCACAACACCCAAAGCUGUGGCAAAAAAAUGCCCCUGCAGAAAAGCCAAACAGGAUGAAAAAUCCUCAGAGAGCGAACAAGAGAACAAGGAGCCAAAGAAACACAAAACUGCUCAGACCAAAAGGACACGCAAGUCAAAGUUGACUACAGGCAGCCAGGAACAGAAGCAAUCUAGUAAUGAAGAGAACAGUUUAGUAGAAAAAGAUAUGCCAGUCAGGCCCAAGAAUGAUCGCCGGAGACGAGUGGCCUCCAAAGUGUGUUACAAAGAAGAGAGUGGGAGUGAUGACGGCAGUGUUUCGGACUUUGAGGUUUCAGAGGAGGAGAGUCCUCUCUCCGAUGAGGAUUUUGAAACUGUGUCUAAAAGGCAGAGGAGCUCAGUGGGCUCCCAGAAGUCAAAGGUAAUGGCUAUAAAAAGCCCAAAAACUGAGACUUCAGAAUCAAGGCUAUCAAAAAAUUCAUAUGGAGCUGACCCUAGGUCAGCAAAAAGCACGGUGCCAGCCUUGCCUCAUGCCCAGAGAAAGAGAAACAAAAUAAUUUCUAGUGAUGAGGAUGAUGGACAGCAGGAGGUAAGGAAAGUGAUGGGCACAGACCAGUGGCUGGAGGUUUUCCUUGAACGUGAGGACAAGUGGUUUCAAGUUAAGCUUCAAGAUCAGCCUCUACCAACAGCAAUUGGAGAGUACAAAAACCACCCUCUUUAUGCACUGAAGAGGCACCUCUUGAAAUACCAGGCGAUCUAUCCUGAGUCAGCUGCUGUCCUAGGGUACUGCAGGGGAGAGGCUGUCUACUCCAGAGACUGCGUACACACGCUGCACUCCAAGGACACUUGGCUAAAGCAGGCUCGAGUGGUGAGGAUUGGAGAAGUGCCUUACAAGAUGGUGAAAGGAUUUUCCAACCAGGCAAGGAAGGCACGCCUUGCAGAGCCUGCAAACCGGGACAAAGAGGACCUGGCACUGUUUGGUCGCUGGCAGACAGAGGAGUAUCAGCCGCCUGUAGCAGUGGAUGGAAAGGUUCCUCGGAAUGAAUAUGGAAAUGUCUAUCUCUUCCUGCCAUCCAUGUUACCCAUUGGCUGUGUGCAACUGAGACUCCCAAAUCUGAACAGACUGGCGCGGAAGUUGGACAUUGACUGCGCUCAAGCCAUCACUGGAUUUGAUUUUCAUGGCGGCUACUCGCACCCAGUUACCGAUGGCUAUGUUGUCUGUGAGGAGUAUAAAGAGGUCCUCAUUGCUGCCUGGGAGAAUGAACAAGCAGAAAUAGAAAAGAAGGAGAAGGAGAAGCGUGAGAAAAGAGCUCUGGCGAAUUGGAAGCUGCUGACAAAAGGACUUCUCAUCAGAGAGAGACUGAAGCAACGCUACUCCGUCAAGACUGAGCCAUCAGCACCUGAGACAGAGAAAGGAGCAGGAUUCUCUUCUGAUGAAGAAGAAGGUCCAAGUUCAGAGACUGCAGUAGGGAAUGCGGCCAUGUUUUGGCCCCAAAAUCGCCAGUUAGAGAAAAAAAAAGAAGAGAAGACAACCAGAAAGAGCAAGCGAGAAAAGAAAGAAGCAGCAGCACAGUUGUUCCCUUUUGAGAAACUGUGAUCAGAACAAGCGUUUCUUUGCCGUUUCCAGAUGCAAGAACAAUAGUCACAACAGAAGUAUCCUUUGCCAGAUAAGGACUUAGCCUUCUGUGCACUUGUGUUCCUGAGCUAUCGGGGACCAGCCUAAUCAGUAUCAAGAGUUUCUUUUGCUGUCACGGGUCAUUAGGUUCAUCCUUUUAUUCUUGGACUUAGGAGAAGCAGAUGAGCAGUUGUACCUUCUUAGAAGAUCACUUUGUGCUGUUGGGGUUUUUUGCUCUCUUUUGUAUCACUCCGCACUAAUAAUUCUGUUUUCUGAGGCAUUCCUUUUGUUAGCACUGUCUUUUACCAUUUUUCUCCUUUCCAUUUUUUCCUGGUUGCUCAGAACUAAAGCAUGCAGCUGUUAUUUAACAGUCACUGGUGGGCUGGCCACAGGACUAACGCCCUCUUUGAUUCAUACCUUAGCCAAAUCAGUAGUGAGGUGGAGUUCUGCUCUUACUGUCUCAUCAUCACAGAGGGGAAAUACUUCUUCUACGGUGUAAAAAAAAAAAAAUGCAAUCAGGAUUUGGAGGAAUCUGAAAAUGUACUUUCUAAAGAAUACCUGCCUUUUGUGAAACUCAGUUUUGGCUUUUCAGCCCACAGUCUUCCUUUACUUUCAGAAACCUUGUGCAUUAGAAGGGAGAAGCCCUGUCCUCAUUUCAAACUUAAAGGUAAAUAUGUCUUCUUAAGUGAUUUGAAUAUAUACAUAUUUGUUUCAGUUUUGUUUUAUCAAGACCAUGGGGCUAUGUUCUGGAGCAAAACAUGUAAAACUGGCUGAGUGUCAUUGUCGGAAACAGAAUUCACUGAAGCUGGAGAGCUCUUGUAAAUGUUAACCAGUACCUAAGCAUUUAAAAACUGUUAAGAGAGGAAUAUUAAAUCUACACAAGCUUUUCCUGCAGUUUUGUAAUAGAAAUGCUGAUCUGUCUUUUGCAGUAUUUUUAUAACUAAAUUACACUGACACUGUCUCUUCAUAAAUAGAGGGGAGUACAGUCUAGCUGUUGCUAGACAUUGUCACAGAGGAAAGAUUGAAAUGCAAAAAAAAGGCUUACAUUUAAUUAUGUUCAGAAAAAAAUGUAUUUUUGUACCGUAUUUGUAGAACAAAAUAAAGUAUGGGAAAAGAGUAAUGUUGUCCAUUAGA